AUGAGACCCUUCAUCUGGUAUUUGCUCAAGAGUGGUUUGCAAGCUAAUGUUUGGAGUGAUAACUGGUGCCAUGUAAGUCCUUUGCGCUCAUUUAUUACUCCUGGUGCUAUAGCAAAUGCAGGGUUUGAUUUGAAUUUGACAGUUGCGGAUGUAAUUGAUGCGGAUGGGAAUUGGAGGUGGCCCCAAGCUUGGUUUGAUUUGUUUCCGGUUUUAAUAACUAUUCAACCGCCCCAGUUGGUUGGAAAUGAUAUUGAUCGUUUGGUUUGGAAAGAUUUGGAAGGUAAUGUUGGUGACUUUGAAGCAGCUCAAGUAUGGAACACGAUUCGAAACAGGGAUAAUAUUGCGAACUGGGCUCAUAUGGUUUGGUUUGCUCAAUGUGUUCCUCGGCACUCUUUUCAUAUGUGGCUGGUUAUUAAGAACAAACUGAAGACUCAGGAUCGUUUAGCGGUUUGGGAAGCUGGGAGUGCCACAAACCUUAACCUUAUGUGCUGCCCGUUGUGUAAAAAGGGAAGAGAUAGUCGAGAUCACUUGUUCUUUCAAUGUGCAUUUGCGACUAAAGUUUGGACAGAUGUGAAGAGCAUGGUGAAUUUAGAUAGUGUUGGCAAUACAUGGAACUCCUUAAUGGGUUGGAUUGAUCAAUCAGCCAAGUCUAAGAAAGUGGAUGAUAUCGUUUGUAAGUUGGUAAUUGCUACGGCUUCCUAUUAUGUUUGGCAAGAGCGGAAUAGUCGGCUCUUCAGCUCAUCUCAUUUGACCGAGAUACAAGUUGCGGAGAGGAUUAAAAGCUCAGUUCGUUUAAGACUGAUGGGAUUCAAGUUUCGGCUGGAAUCGGCUAGGAGAAGGAUUUUCAGCAUCUGGAAGAUCAAUGACAGGAACAAUCCUGAUCCGGGAUAG